AUGGCGCGGGAAGAGUCUCUCUUACCUCCCCGCCUGUCCUCCGAUGGCUCAUCGAUUCGAAAUGACGAGGAGGACUACGCUCUUCUGACCGGCGAGCGAACGACUCAUCAAGACAAACGACGAGCCUGGCCUUCCUGGCGGGAAAUUGGAGUAUUUUCCUGGGCCCUUGUUGCAACAAUUUUGGUCAUUGUGCUGGCCGCGAUCUACCCACACAAGUCAGCCGAGCCUCACAACCAUCUUGCGUCAAACACGACCUGGGGCCCUGGAGGCAAGCCGACAGGCAAGCGGAACAUGAUCUUCAUGGUGUCUGAUGGCAUGGGACCUACCAGUCUCUCGCUGACUCGAAGCUUCCGGCAAUACACGCACGAUCUGCCAUUCGAUGACAUUCUGGUCUUGGAUAAACACUACGUUGGGACUUCGCGAACACGGUCAAGCUCUAGCUUGGUGACAGACUCUGCGGCUGGAGCGACGGCUUUUUCAUGCGGUCGCAAGAGCUACAAUUCUGCUAUCUCGGUGCUUCCCGACCACUCGCCUUGUGGAACUGUGCUGGAGGCCGCUGCGUUGGCGGGCUAUAAGACAGGUCUGGUUGUGACCACUCGCCUGACGGAUGCGACCCCAGCAUGCUUCGCCGCCCAUGCCAAUUUACGGAACUACGAAGAUCUGAUCGCUGCCCAAGAAGUUGGUGAACACCCUCUCGGUCGGGUGGUAGAUCUUCUGCUUGGCGGUGGGCGAUGCCAUUUCUUGCCCAACUCACAGGCUGGCAGCUGCCGUUCGGAUGAUCAUGAUUUGGUCAAGGUUGCUUCUCAGAAUGGAUUUGGCUAUAUUGAUGAUCGUGCUGGCUUCGAUAGCCUCAAGGGCGGCGAUAAUGUCAGUUUACCGCUGCUAGGUCUCUUCGCUAGCGGGGAUAUCCCGUAUGAGAUUGAUCGACGCACUCAGAAUGAUAUCUAUCCCUCUUUGGAGGAGAUGACUCGCACUGCCUUGAAGGCCUUGAGCAAGGCCACCGAGGACAGCGAGCAAGGGUUCUUUAUCAUGAUCGAGGGCUCUCGCAUCGAUCACGCCGGCCAUGGCAAUGAUCCUGCCGCCCAGGUUCACGAGGUACUGGCAUACGACAAGGCAUUUGCUGCCGCGCUCGAGUUCCUAGAGAAUGACUCUACUCCUGGUGUGAUUGUGAGCACCUCCGACCACGAGACUGGUGGUCUUGCCGCGGCACGACAGCUGCACAAGAGCUACCCGGAGUAUUUGUGGCUUCCGAAUGUCCUGGAAAAGGCAAACCACUCCGGCGAAUACCUUGCCGCUCAACUGAAGGAAUAUCUUUCUGGGCCAGGAAAGGACGCCGAGGAUUUGAGUAAACAGUCUUGGAUCCGGCAAACUCUCAAGGAUGGGCUUGGCAUCGAUGAUGCUUCAAAGGAUGAAGUGAAUACCUUGCUCCACCCGGACCCCGAAGUCACUACGGCAUACGUAUUUGCGGACAUGAUCAGCCGUCGCGCUCAGGUUGGCUGGACUACUCAUGGACAUUCUGCUGUUGACGUCAACAUCUACGCUUCGUCUACCAAGGAUGCCUGGCCAUUGGUUGGCAACAACGAGAACACCGAUGUGGGAGACUUCCUUGCUGAUUAUCUUGAUCUCAAUGUCGACAACGUCACGAAGUUGCUACAGGAUACUAAGUCUGGAAGUGACUGGAUGGGCGAUCGCCUGGGCUUGAAUUUCCAUGCCGAGGGACUAGACACUUACCAUGGAGACUUCAGGAAGCGAUCUGCCGAUGAUUGUGGAUGUGGUGCUAUCCACUAA